UGACAAGCGCACGCACGACACUGCCGUAGGAGCAGGCGAGAUGCUCCGCCGUCUCGCCGCGCGGCGUCUACGGCCGGCCGCCGGAGGGUACCACUCGUCGGCCGCUGCGACGGCCUACGCCCACGGAGGAGGAGGCGGCGCCUCCGUGCUCCCCGACGGCCUCGACCGGGGCUCCGAAGCGUACGCCCGCAACGCCGCCGCCGUCGGGGGCCUCCUCUCCGACCUGCGCGACCGCGUCUCCCAGGUGCUGGCCGGGGGAGGCGCGGAGGCGGUGAGGCGGAACAGGUCGCGGGGGAAGCUGCUGCCGCGGGAGCGCAUCGAUCGCCUGCUCGACCCCGGCGCCUCCUUCCUCGAGCUCUCCCAGCUUGCAGGAUCUGGAGUUUAUGAGGAACCAUUACCAUCAGGGGGUAUAAUAACUGGAAUAGGACCUGUCCAUGGACGAUUAUGUAUGUUUGUAGCCAAUGAUCCAACUACAAAAGGGGGAACAUACUAUCCUAUCACUGUCAAAAAGCAUCUGCGGGCGCAGGAAAUAGCUUCUGAAUGUAAACUGCCUUGCAUAUAUCUUGUUGACAGUGGAGGUGCUAAUCUUCCCAGGCAGGCUGAAGUUUUCCCUGACCGUGAUAAUUUUGGUCGAAUAUUCUACAAUCAAGCUAAGAUGUCAUCAGAUGGCAUUCCGCAGAUUGCAUUAGUUUUAGGCUCUUGUACUGCUGGUGGAGCUUACAUUCCUGCAAUGGCUGAUGAGAGUGUAAUAGUAAAGGGAAAUGGAACAAUUUUUCUGGCUGGUCCACCACUUGUAAAGGCUGCUACAGGAGAAGAGAUAUCUGCUGAGGACCUUGGUGGAGCAUCAGUGCAUUGCAAGAUAUCAGGAGUCUCAGAUCACUUUGCACAAGAUGAGCUUCAUGGGCUAACACUGGGGAGAAACAUUGUGAAGAACCUUCACUUGGCGGCUAAAGUACCAAAUGUACAGAAUUCUUCUUGUGAUUACCAAGAGCCAUUGUAUGAUGCACAGGAACUUCGCUCGAUUGCCCCAGCUGAUAUGAAGCAGUCUUUUGACAUUCGCUCAGUAAUAGCUCGUAUAGUUGAUGGAAGUGAAUUCGAUGAAUUCAAAAAAUUGUAUGGAACAACACUGGUGACUGGUUUUGCAAGGAUUUGUGGACAGCCUAUUGGAAUUAUUGGCAACAAUGGUAUUUUAUUUACAGAGUCAGCCCUAAAGGGUUCCCACUUCAUAGAGUUGUGUGCCCAGCGCAAUAUACCUCUCAUAUUCCUUCAAAAUAUUACUGGAUUCAUGGUUGGAUCAAAAUCUGAAGCAAGUGGAAUAGCAAAAGCUGGAGCAAAAAUGGUUAUGGCAGUUUCCUGUUCCAAGGUACCUAAAAUUACCAUUAUCGUUGGUGGAAGUUUUGGUGCUGGAAACUAUGGAAUGUGUGGACGUGCAUACAGCCCAAACUUUUUGUUUAUGUGGCCAACUGCUAGAAUAUCUGUCAUGGGUGGUCUCCAGGCAGCCGGUGUCCUUGCUCAAAUAGAGAAGAACAACAAAAAAAGACAAGGAGUGGAGUGGACCAAAGAUGAGGAAGAAGCCUUCAAAGCUAAAGUUGUGGAGGCUUAUGACAAAGAAGGAAGCCCAUACUACUCUACCGCUAGACUUUGGGACGACGGGAUCAUCGACCCUGCAGAUACCAGACGGGUUUUAAGCCUCUGCUUAUCUGCUGCAGCUAAGCCAGUUCCAGAAGAUACAAAAUAUGGAGUAUUUCGAAUGUGAAUCGUGUAUUAUAACUGUACAAAUCCCUGUAUACUGUAUAGUAAAUUCUGCGUUCAUGCGCAUUGAAAUAAAAUGGCUUUCCAUUGCUUAUUUUGCAACUAGAGUUGCGGCCUGAUGUCUCUUUAACUUUCUCCUGUU